CAGGUUGAUGUUCGUCCUACGCUUGAAAUGCUUCGAAAUGCCGGAAUCAGGGUGAGACAUCGCAAGAUUAUUUAAGGAACAAACACAUUGCCUUUGAAAACCCUUACACGGGCUGUUUUCUAACUUUCAGAUAUGGAUGUUAACAGGGGACAAACUCGAGACCGCCACCUGUAUUGCACAGAGUUCUCGCCUCAUUGCCAGAAAUCAAAUGAUACACACUUUUAAACAGGUAUUUCUUUUUUUUUUUUUUGAUGACAUAACACGAGCACCGUUCUUAAUAUUUCAGCCAGUCCUCAAUAGUCCUAUUUAGAUACAAUUAGCAAAAAUGUUUGUUCAUGAAUGUAUUUGCGGAAUAAGAAUUCAUAUCUAUCUUUGCCGAACUUGGUGAAACUUUUGCUCUGGCUGUGGUUCUUCGUCUCAUAUUUCCGCAGCCAUGUUGGAAGAGUAAAACAAUAAAACGAUUUUCCUUUGGGAAAAAGUUUCAUUUUCAUGCAAAUAAUUUUUUAUCGCGACUUCAAGUUCAAGCCUUAAACCGUGUAAACCCAAACAUCAACAUUCAGAUUCUCAUUUGUUGUCACUAUACUUUUUCCAUAGAGGUAGUGGGGAGAUAUUGUUGAAGUAUCAGUUAGAUUCAUCUUGUGUGAUCAUGUCUUUAAUUCUCGUUACCAAUGUGUUUUGUAAAGCAUUCAUAUUACAAAGAGAAAGUUAUCUACCCACCUUCUCUGUUAUUUCUUGGCAGAUAAGCAAUCGUUCCGAAGCACAUUUAGAGCUCAAUUCGUUGAGGCGAAAAAAUGACUGCGCUCUGAUAAUCAAAGGAGAUUCAUUAGAGGUAUGUCUAAAAUGGCCGUCAUCCGAGUACUUCUGAUUAACUCAGAUAUUUUACCUUUGUAGUUCAUCAACUGAUUACUGUUCCAAUCUGUUCUGCCAGGUUUGUUUACGCCAUUACGAACAAGAGUUCAUAGAACUAGCUUGUAACUGCCCUGUUGUGGUGUGUUGCCGCUGUUCACCGCAACAGAAGGCGGAUAUCGUGACUCUUCUAAAGAAACAUACAGGAAAGAGAACUUGCGCAAUAGGUGAGAUAAUGAACCACUGAGUAUCGUGUAUCUUUUUGGGCGCCAUUUGUAUGUUGCCCAAUACUAUAGGAUGAUGUGCAGCUGAACAAAUUCACGUUUCUCUGAAGUCUUUUCUUUCUACAAUAUGCCAAUUGCACGAUGGCAUCCUUUUACUACUAACACCACGAUUCAUUUCGGUUUUCUGUGAUAUUUUCAAAAAUUUGGUAAUCCGAGUGAGAUUAAAAUAACAAUAGCCUUUAUUUACUUGCGCAAGAAGGCAAAACCCUGAAGGAUUAUGGUCGUAGCAGUAUAAUGACGUUAUCGUGCAAUUUGCCUCUAGUCGACUGGCCAUUUUCAAGUGUUUUGUGAGACUGGGUCGUUGUUGUUUCGAAUUACACCAUGGGACUGUUUUGGGACACUGUCGCCUCUAGUGCGACGUUGCACAGGAAACUGCGUGAAAAUUAGUUCUCCAAAACAAUCCCAUGAUGCAAUUCGACGCAGCACCGACAGCCCACUCCCUGACAACGUGGCGAGACCUCGUGUGCAUUAACUCUGAUCUCGUUGUCGUGAAGUCGCUUCGCCUGAGUGAAAUAUGAGCUCCUAAAUAAAACGGUUUUCAUGCCAUAGUUUCUCUUCAGUGAUAGGUGUUCUGUCUUAAUUUUAUUUUAGGUGAUGGCGGAAAUGACGUCAGUAUGAUUCAAGCAGCUGAUGCGGGAGUUGGCAUUGAAGGAAAGGUAAGAGAAAAUGUCCUCUCACUAACGAAGGACCAAGAGACUGGCAAAAUAUGUUUGCUGUAACGAUGGUUUGUGACAUGGAGUUCUUUUCCAUAGUAUGUACAAUAACUGGAGUGAAGAAGAUCGUUCGUUACAACGAGUACUUCGUUAUACCAAGGUUCUGCUAUCGUGCAGAAGAUAGAACGAAAACCACAUACGCGUUCGCCAGUCAACCUCAGUUUUCUAUUAGUCGUGAAAUCACAGUAAAGUCUCUCCAAGUGCAGCCUCGAGUCUUGCGCUGACUUACUGCACAAAAUGUGGCGUCUAGAUGGUCACGCUGGUCGUGUAUAGGGUGAUGGAUAUAAACAACACGAUCCCUGUUAUUUUUAAAAACGCUGUAUAGGAUGAAGGAUAAUGCGGCUAAGUGUAUAAAAACUUCGUGCUCAUUUUGAUUUCCCAGAGUAGGUUUCACAUUGCGUGAGCUAAUUGCGACCUUAGGAAACCAACACCUAACCGUAGCAAAAUGCACAGUCCGCUGGUAUUAACCGCUGUUUAACAGAGAUUUUCUUUCCAUAUCCAUGGUUUAUGCAUUAUUCUCUCUGUCAUUACAGGAAGGUCGACAAGCGUCACUUGCAGCAGAUUUUUCCAUCACACAGUUUAGAUAUCUUGGAAGGCUAUUGAUGUGGCACGGAAGAAACAGGUUCAUUUAUUUUUUUUUGUUUAGGUUAGAAUCUUGAUUUUUUUAAAUUGUAGAUGGUGGAUUUGUGAUCACGAUAGUGCUCCCUGCUUCAUUCUAAUGAUGACUACGAUGACGAUGGUGUUGAUGAUAACGAUUCUGCCGCUGAUUAUUUUAGUGAUGAUGGAGGUGAUGAUGCUGAUAAUGGGAGCUUAAGCAACGACGAGACGGCGACGUCAAAAGGAGAACGGCAAUAACGCAAUAGGUUUGAAUUAGCAAAACAACAACUUUGCACGUGUCACGCUUUUUGUGCAUUUCUUUUGCCGUCGUUGCGACUACAACGUGAAAGUGUCUAAUUGCACGUUUUGUCGAGGACAGAACACGAGACAACAACUUUCCUUUUUUUUUUUCGUAAACUUUGAUACAGUCCUUUUAGAAUCAACCCAAAAAUUUGCCAACAUUUGACGAAUUAAACGAAAUGGAAUAAGCGCGGUAAAGUUUGAAGCAGCGCGACUUCACUUUAAAGUGACGUUUUCGUAGCCGUCGCCGUCGUCGUUGUUUAAGCUCCGUAAUAAUGAUGACGAUGAUAAUCGGAUGGUGACGAUGACGAUGACGAUGUUGAUAACGAUGAUGAUAAUGAUGAUGAUAAUGAUAAGGAUGACAAAUGACGAUGACCAUGAUGGUGGUGAUGAGUUGUGGCAACUCCACUUCCUAUGUUUUGAUGGAAAGAACUUCCACCUCACAAAAUUCGUUUUGUUACCGUUUGUAUUUUCUUUCCAGUUACAAGAGAUCAGCAGCUCUGGGCCAGUUUGUUAUCCACAGGACUUAUUAUUUCCAUAA